CCAAACAAAAACUAGGGUUUCCGAUUCCGGCGACGCGAUGGUCGACGGCGCGGCGGAUGAGCGCGAGCCCCAUCCUCGACCCCAGGAAAUGGCCUCGCUGCCAAUCCCCGACGAGCUAUCGGUGGAGAUAUUCCUCCGCAUUCCCAACCCAGCCGACCUUCUCCGCGCCUCCGCCGCCUGCGUCUCCUUCCGCCGCCUCAUUGCCGACCGCUCCUUCCUCCGGCAGUACCGCAAGCUCCACGCUCCGCCCCUUCUCGGCCUCCUCGACCACGAACGCAAGGUCUUCUACCCCGCGGUCCCGCCUCACCCCUCCGCGCCGGCAGCCGGCGCCGCGGCCCUAGCUGCCGACUUCUCCUUCUCCUUCCUCCCCGCCCCCGCCACCGAUUGGCGCGUCCAGGACGUCCUCAGCGGCCGCGUCCUCCUCGACAGAGUCCCCCCAGCACGACAUCGAUAAUAGGCACAGACUGGUCUUCCCGGAGCUGGUGGUGUGCGACCCCUUGUACCGUCGGUACCUCCUGCUUCCCCCAAUCCCUGCCCACCUAGCCGCUACGGUGAAGCGUCCACUCUGGAUAAAACCGCAUCGUUACUGCGAGACCUUCCUCGCUCCCCCAAGCGACAGCGACGAGGAGGCAUCCGCGGCAGAAGAGACGUCUUUCAGCGUGGUCUGGAUGGCACAGUGCAAUGCUAAGCUGAUUGCCAUUGUCUUCUCGUCAAGCACAGGGCAAUGGCGAGCCAUUUCGUCCCUGAGCUGGAGUGAUUUAUUACCUGGCUUGCUAUCGUCCACAGGGUUGGCUCUGUUCUCCUUGCGGCAAUACGCCUAUGGGCUCUUCUAUUGGGUGACAGAUUGGAGGGAAAAGUUUCUGGUGCUUGACUCCCGGAGGAUGAAGUUCUCCAUUGCUGAACCCCCACCUGAGAUGAGAUAUUUACACGGUGUGGAUAUAGCCAUUUUGGAGGCAGGGGAAGGCAGGUCCAGGAUGUUUGUGCGUACCGAAGGCACAAAAUACCUCAACUAUACCACCGGGCGAAACAAUUGUGGGAGUUCCAUCCAGUGGCAGUUGGAGAGGACAAUCUCACUGGAUUCUGGGUAUGUGUUGAUCAGUUCAACAGGGAGGCACUUAUUCCUAUAUCAGCGCCAAAGCUCAUCGCUUGAUCGAGCCUUUUUCUCGCUGGAUGCCAGGACAUUCCAGCUUGAGAGGGUGUUUGCCUCAAAUUCAUGCAUCCCCAAUGCGCGCGCAUAUAGCAGCUUUCCACCAUCAUUGUUGUUGACACCAACAAUAUCAAGUGGCAUUGGAAACAGCGGGGCUGAGAAGGAGACACCGGAACAAGGCUGUGCUGCAAGCUCAAGCACAGAGUCACCAAAGUCAGAGUAGUGCUAAUGCGGAUGCCGAACUCAGACUAUUCCGCCGUGUUGGUCUUGUAGUAGCGGUGUGGCAAUCUAGCAUUAACCCGGAGUUUAUCUUGUGUGCCUUGAUCCGACGAUGAGUAUCGCGCUCGCCGGGUAAGGUAGAGACAGUGAGAGUGCGUUAAUGGCGUUUUGUUCAACCACAAGCAGUAGGUUAACUAAGAGUAUGUAACCAGUCGACGCGAUUGCGAUCUUGUGGUAUGCCUGCCAAUCUCUGUACCUGGUACUGC